AUGGAGCGCUCGCCGCCCGACGGGCCGCUGAACGCGUCGGGGGCGCUGGCGGGCGAGGCGGCGGCGGCGGCGGCGGCGGCGGCGGGCGGGGCGCGCGGCUUCUCGGCCGCCUGGACCGCGGUGCUGGCGGCGCUCAUGGCGCUGCUCAUCGUGGCCACGGUGCUGGGCAACGCGCUGGUCAUGCUCGCCUUCGUGGCUGAUUCGAGCCUCCGCACGCAGAACAACUUCUUCCUGCUCAACCUCGCCAUCUCCGACUUCCUCGUGGGUGCAUUCUGCAUCCCGCUGUAUGUGCCCUACGUGCUGACUGGCCGCUGGCCCUUUGGCCGGGGCCUCUGCAAGCUGUGGCUGGUGGUGGACUAUUUGCUCUGCGCCUCCUCUGUCUUCAACAUUGUACUCAUCAGCUAUGACCGCUUCCUGUCGGUCACCCGAGCCGUCUCCUACCGGGCCCAGCAGGGUGACACGCGGCGGGCAGUGCGGAAGAUGGUGCUGGUGUGGGUGCUGGCCUUCCUGCUGUACGGACCCGCCAUCCUCAGCUGGGAGUACCUGUCAGGCGGCAGCUCUAUCCCCGAGGGCCACUGCUACGCUGAGUUCUUCUACAACUGGUACUUCCUCAUCACAGCCUCCACCCUCGAGUUCUUCACACCCUUCCUCAGCGUCACCUUCUUCAACCUCAGCAUCUACCUGAACAUCCAGAGGCGCACGCGUGUCCGGCUGGAUGGGGCCCGGGAGGCGGCCGCCUCGGAGCUGCCGCCUGAGGCCCAGCCCUCCCCACCGCCGGCCUCGCCCAGCUGCUGGGGCUGCUGGCAGAAGGGGUGCGGGGAGGCGGUGCCGCUGCACAGGUACGGGGUGGGGGUCGGCGAGGCCCCAGGCCCCGAGGCCGGGGAGGCGGCCCUCGGGGGCGGCAGCGGUGGGGGUGCCGCGGCUUCGCCCACCUCCAGCUCCGGCAGCUCCUCGAGGGGCACCGAGCGGCCGCGCUCACUCAAGCGGGGCUCCAAGCCCUCGGCGUCCUCGGCGUCCCUGGAGAAGCGCAUGAAGAUGGUGUCCCAGAGCAUCACCCAGCGCUUCCGGCUCUCGCGGGACAAGAAGGUGGCCAAGUCGCUGGCCGUCAUCGUGAGCAUCUUUGGGCUCUGCUGGGCCCCGUACACACUCCUGAUGAUCAUCCGGGCCGCCUGCCACGGCCACUGCGUCCCCGACUACUGGUAUGAGACGUCCUUCUGGCUGCUGUGGGCCAACUCGGCCGUCAACCCUGUCCUCUACCCGCUGUGCCACCACAGCUUCCGCCGGGCCUUCACCAAGCUGCUCUGCCCCCAGAAGCUCAAGAUCCAGCCUCACAGCUCCCUGGAGCACUGCUGGAAGUGAGCCGGCCCUCCAGGGGCACCUGGGAUGCGGGGGCAGGGCCCUCCACUGCCAGCCGCCUCGAGGUCCCGGGCUCCUGGGCAGCCGGGCCUCACCACCCUCCACCCGGCUUGUCUUUGGCCCUGAUGCCGUGGCAGCCUCUCAGACCGUCCGCUGGCAGUUGAGGCAGCUUGGUGGGCGGCUGGAAGGGUCCCUGCUGCCUGAGCCGGAAUGUGGCCACCCAAAUCCUGCUUUAGCCCAGGAGGGACAACCCAGGGGUCCCAGCCACUCUGCCCACCCCCACGGACAGCGGGAUGGCCAGUCGUGUCCGCGCUUCACACAAUUACUGCUUGGUGUUCUUCACAAAGCAAGCGCUUGGCGUGAGCUCCAGGCCUCCAGGGCCGCGCCCUGCCCCUGCACGUGCACACACCUGCACACGCCUGCACACCUGCCCCAUCCCAGCCAAGCCCCGGCCACUGGCUUUGCUGCUGUCCGUCCCCUGCUCUAGCCCGGGGCCCUGCUCCAUCAUCCCUCUUCCCUCCAACUUUCUCUGCUCCCAAAGUGCCGCGUGCACCCCGGGUCUCCACGUCUCCAUUCUGGGUGUUUCAGGAAGACGGAGAAGAGAAAACAUGUCUGUGAACUCGAUGUUCCUUGGAUGUUUAAUCAAGAGAGACAAAAUUGCUGAGGAGCUCAG